UGAAGAAAAGUAUUACUCCUUCCUAGAUGAUGAUUUCAACAAGGGGUAUAUCCCUUUUCCUCUUCCUCAUCAUCUUCUUCUUCUUCAAACAAAAACAAAACAAUCAGACUCUGUCCCUCUCAAAGUCUCAACAUUUUCCAUCUGAACCGAUUUUAUUGGUGAUUAAGGAUUUUUGAAUGAUUGGUGGCUUAUAACACAUAUUUACAGUAUGAGUAACCGAGUACCUGGCUCCGGGAGGCCUUCUGGAGGUAAUAUGAGGAAAUUGAAAGAACUAAUGCAUCAAAGUGAUAACCGCACUUGUGCAGACUGUGGUGCUCCAGAUCCUAAGUGGGCGUCAGCAAAUAUUGGAGUAUUUCUAUGCUUGAAAUGCUGUGGUGUACACCGAAGUCUUGGUACUCAUAUUUCAAAGGUCUUAUCAGUCACCUUAGAUGAUUGGUCUGAUGAAGAAAUUGAGUCCAUGAUUGAGGUUGGUGGAAAUUCUUCUGCCAAUUCAAUCUACGAGGCUUUUAUACCUGAUGGAAUCACAAAGCCUGGAGCAGAUUCAAGUCAUGAACAACGUUCCAAGUUCAUCAGGUCAAAGUAUGAGCUUCAGGAAUUUCUGAAACCUAGCUUGCGGAUCGUUUCAUUGAAUACUGGAAGGAGCUCUCUUCAAACAAGUAUCUCCAGAAAGAUUAUGGAUACCUUCCGAAGUACAUCGGAUACAUCAAGGAAUCACCAGGAAGGCAUGGUUGAAUUUAUUGGAUUACUAAAAAUCAAAGUGCUAAAAGGCACAAACUUAGCGAUUAGAGAUAUGUUAUCAAGUGAUCCGUACGUAGUUCUGCAGCUUGGACAGCAGAAGGUACAGACGAAAGUAGUAACGAGCAACUUGAAUCCUGUUUGGGAUGAGGAGCUUAUGCUUUCAGUUCCGCAGCAAUUUGGAGCCAUAAAAUUGCAAGUGUUUGAUUAUGAUACAUUCUCGGCUGAUGACAUCAUGGGGGAAGCCGAAAUUGACCUCCAGCCAUUGAUCACCUCUGCAACAGCAUUUGGAGACGCAGGAAUGUUUGCAAAUAUGCAAAUUGGAAAAUGGUUGAAGUCGCAUGAUAAUGCCCUCAUUGAUGACAGCAUCAUCAAUAUCAUUGAUGGAAAGGUAAAACAAGAAAUGUCCCUCAAACUUCAGAAUGUGGAAUCUGGUGAAGUUGAUCUAGAGGUAGAGUGGUUGCCUUUAGAUCAGUAAAAACCUUACACCUCCUUAUCGGUUUUUUGUAAUAUAGCUGCUCUGAGUGAUAUUUAGAACGAUUUAUGCAAGUACUUGUAUUUUACGAGCCUUGUUGUGUUGUAUCUCAUUGUUGUAAUUGUUUUCCAGUUCUUGUAUCUCAUUGAUAUCCGAUUUGUGAGAAAAUCGUCUCUUAUUUAAUUUGUCCAUUUAGUAA